UCCUGUAGUAUUGAUGUGGCUCAGACCUCCUAGUUCCACGUCACUUGGAUGUUGUAGCGUAGUGCAGCUGGGGAGAGGUUAACACAGUGAAUAAAAAGGGUCUGAUCAACAUCAAGUUUCUCCUGGUGUUUUUCGUUCAGAAAAUUAGACAGCCGGCAUCAUGACCGCCGCGGAGAAUGUGUGUUACACUCUCAUAAAUGUUCCGAUGGACUCGGAACCGCCAUCAGAACUAAGUUUGAAAACAGACCUCGAAAAGGGGGAUAUCAAGGCCAAAACGGAGGCCUUGAAGAAGGUGAUCAUCAUGAUUCUCAAUGGGGAGAAGCUGCCUGGCCUGCUGAUGACCAUCAUUCGCUUUGUACUGCCUCUUCAAGAUCACACCAUUAAAAAGCUGCUCCUUGUCUUCUGGGAGAUUGUUCCCAAGACCACUCCAGAUGGCAAGCUGUUGCAAGAGAUGAUCUUGGUCUGUGAUGCCUACAGAAAGGACCUACAGCAUCCUAAUGAAUUCAUUCGGGGUUCCACCUUGCGGUUCCUGUGCAAGCUGAAAGAGUCUGAGCUGCUGGAGCCCUUGAUGCCAGCGAUCCGUGCCUGCCUGGAGCACCGACACAGCUAUGUGCGGCGAAAUGCUGUCUUGGCCAUUUACACCAUUUAUAGGAAUUUUGAGAAUUUAAUUCCUGAUGCGCCUGAGCUGAUCCAUGAUUUUCUGGUAAAUGAGAAGGAUGCUAGCUGCAAGAGAAAUGCUUUCAUGAUGCUGAUUCAUGCUGACCAGGACAGGGCUUUGGAUUAUCUAAGUACCUGCAUUGACCAGGUUCAUACUUUUGGAGACAUUCUUCAGCUGGUUAUCGUGGAGCUCAUUUACAAGGUGUGCCAUGCAAACCCUUCAGAACGAGCGCGAUUCAUCCGCUGUAUUUAUAACCUCCUGCAGUCUUCCAGUCCAGCAGUAAAAUACGAAGCAGCAGGAACUCUAGUGACGCUGUCUAGUGCUCCAACUGCCAUAAAGGCUGCAGCACAAUGCUACAUUGAUCUGAUCAUUAAGGAGAGUGACAACAAUGUGAAGCUGAUUGUCCUAGAUCGUCUCAUUGAGCUGAAAGAACACCCCACUCACGAGAGAGUGCUUCAGGAUCUCGUGAUGGACAUCCUCCGUGUGCUGACCACACCAGAUUUAGAAGUGCGCAAGAAAACUUUGCAGCUUGCUCUCGAUCUUGUUUCCUCACGUAAUGUGGAAGAGCUCGUGAUUGUUCUGAAGAAGGAGGUGAUCAAAACCAACAAUGUGACGGAACAUGAAGACACAGACAAGUACAGGCAGCUACUUGUACGAACUCUGCACUCCUGCAGUGUCCGGUUCCCAGAUAUGGCUGCAAAUGUUAUUCCUGUUCUGAUGGAGUUCCUUAGUGACAACAAUGAGGCAGCUGCAGCUGAUGUCCUGGAGUUUGUGCGUGAAGCCAUCCAGCGGUUCGACAACCUGAGGCUUCUCAUCAUUGAGAAGAUGCUGGAGGUUUUCCAUGCCAUCAAGACCGUGAAGAUAUACAGAGGUGCUCUUUGGAUUCUGGGAGAGUACUGCAGCACCAAAGAAGACAUUCAGAGUGUGAUGACAGAAGUUAGGAGGUCUCUGGGAGAGAUCCCGAUCGUGGAAAACGAGAUAAAGAAAGAAACUGGCGAAGUGAAAGCGGAAGAAGAGGUGACUGCAGCCCCCGCUCAGAAACUGGUCACAGAGAUGGGCACCUAUGCCACACAGAGUGCCCUCAGCAGUUCCCGGCCAUCCAAAAAGGAAGAGGACAGGCCGCCGCUGCGGGGAUUUUUAAUGGAUGGGGAUUUCUUUGUGGCAGCUUCACUGGCAACCACCCUUACCAAGCUGGCACUGCGCUACGUCGCGAUUGUGCCUGAUAAACGGAAGCAAAACUCCUUUGUUGCAGAGGCCAUGCUGAUUAUGGCAACGGUGCUGCACCUAGGCAAAUCCUCCCUGCCCAAAAAGCCCAUCACCGAUGACGAUGUGGACCGCAUCUCCCUGUGCCUCAAAGUCUUGUCCGAGUGCUCCCCUCUCAUGAACGACAUCUUCAACAAAGAGUGCAGGAAAUCCCUUUCCCACAUGCUGUCUGCCAAGCUCGAGGAGGAGAAGCUCUCCCAGAAGAAGGAGUCGGAGAAGCGAAACGUGACAGUGCAGGCAGACGACCCCAUCUCCUUCAUGCAGCUCACAGCUAAAAAUGAGAUGACGUCCAAGGAAGACCAGUUUCAGCUCAGCCUGCUGGCAGCCAUGGGCAACACUCAGAGAAAAGAGGCAGCUGACCCGCUGGCAUCUAAACUCAAUAAGGUCACCCAGCUGACAGGCUUCUCAGAUCCAGUCUAUGCAGAAGCCUAUGUUCAUGUCAAUCAGUAUGACAUUGUACUGGAUGUGCUUGUAGUCAACCAGACCAAUGACACUCUGCAGAACUGCACUCUAGAACUGGCCACACUAGGUGACUUAAAGCUUGUGGAAAAACCUUCACCUCUCACACUGGCCCCUCACGAUUUUGCAAACAUAAAGGCCAAUGUCAAAGUGGCUUCAACCGAGAACGGCAUUAUUUUCGGAAACAUUGUCUAUGAUGUUUCUGGAGCUGCCAGUGACCGAAACUGUGUUGUCCUGAGUGAUAUUCAUAUAGACAUCAUGGACUACAUUCAGCCUGCCUCCUGCACAGAUGCAGAGUUCCGCCAGAUGUGGGCAGAGUUUGAAUGGGAGAACAAGGUGACAGUUAAUACAAACAUCACAGAUCUGAAUGAUUAUCUCCAGCACAUUCUGAAAUCAACAAAUAUGAAGUGCCUGACUCCAGAAAAGGCUCUGUCUGGGUUUUGUGGCUUCAUGGCUGCCAAUUUGUACGCCCGCUCCAUAUUCGGAGAGGACGCCCUCGCCAACGUCAGCAUUGAGAAACCGAUACACAUGGGGCCUGAUGCUCCAGUCAGUGGCCACAUCCGCAUCCGGGCAAAGAGCCAGGGGAUGGCCCUCAGUCUGGGAGACAAGAUCAACCUCUCUCAGAAAAAAUCAAACCCGUAAAAAACAAGACUUCUCCGCUAAUAGGCUAGAUUCAUCUUUUCCCGUUGUGGCUAGUCAACCUUGAGAAUCUUUUUCUGUUGCUUAUUUACCCUCAUCCUGUGGAGGAACAAGCUUUGUUACUGAAUCCUCCAGUACUGCUUGAUGUUUCUGUCAGGGAAAUCACACUUCCAUUGUGAGGAGUGAUCCACACUUGCAGUCUCCCUCUGUCAUAUACCGAUGAUUAUGGUUUAUCUCUGAUUUACACGAAGCAUUUCACCAUAUAAUAAAGAUAUAUAAAGUUUGA